CAUUGGAGACGAAUAAGUUGCUGUCACUGUCGCUGUGCUUUCACUUUCAUUAGAAUGAAAAUCCUUUGCGUAAUCUGUCAAGACCAAUUUGUCUCAUCAUCCGAUGACAUCUUUUUCACUCAUUGCGGACAUGUAUUUCAUCACCGUUGCCUGUUACAGUGGCUUGAAAGGUCAAAGACCUGUCCGCAAUGUCGUAAUAGAGUGACAGUAGAGAAAAUCCAUAAGGCUCAUUUUACAGUUUCAAAUACCGAGAGCAUAGCAGAUAAUGUGGAUAAUUCAACUCUGCAAGGGAGGAUAGACAGUCUGCAGUUUCAAAUUUUACUGAAUGAAAAGAAUAUCAAGUAUUACACUUCGAAAAAUAUAGUUCUGGAGAAACAGAAUGCUGGCCUUAGACAGGAAGUGCGAAAAGUGGAAAGCGAAAUGAGGCAGAAAAACUCGACCAUCUAUGCUUUAAAAGAAAAAAUAAAUUCUUUUCAGCAGAACUAUCAAGAAUGUGAUAUUCUCAAAAGGAAGCUAUCUCAGAAAGAAAGAGAAGUGGAACAAUUCCAAAACAUGUAUAAAACACUGUCAACGAGUACACUUGAGGAUGUACAGGGAAUGAUUGGAAAAACAACUGAUCAUAAUACUUUGAUUAAUUAUAUUUUUACGAUGAAAAAGAUAAUGUUAAAGAAAACGAAAAAAAUAGCUAAUCUUGAAAGUCAACUUACAAGGCAUCAGCAGUCCUUAGACAAAGAUUUGCGUUUUGCAUUAUGUGAAAGUGAAAAUCUAGCCCUACAACAUCGAGUUAAUGAACUAGAAAAACUGCUUACAUCUGAUCAAAACUAUAUUUCCAGCUCUAACAAUCAAAGUUGCUCCAAUUCUUUUAUUACGAUGCAAACGCAAAAAAACAUAAAACAGGAAACUGCAGGUCAAAAUAAUUCAUCGACUUCAGAGGCAGAAAUUGAAAUCAUUGAAACAAGCCAGGAAAACUCUAUACUUAAUUCUACACUCGACGAAUGUCCAACUGUUACAAAAAAAGCAAGACUAGGUUUGCAAUCAGGUAACAAUAGCAAGAAGACAAAUGAUGUGAAUAAGGACAAUAUUAAAAAUAUCGCAGGGAUAAGUUCACAAUCAAAUAAACAGAAAAUAGAAUUCUACUGA